AUGGCGGCUCAAGCAGCAGCGGCAGGCAGCCUGCAACAUGCUGCCUUCGUGUCAGGCCCGCCCAUGAGGCGGCCGGCACGGCGCCAGGCACCGGUCGCGGCAGCGCAGGCCAGCGGCGCCACCAACGUGAGCGGCGUGGCCGACAAGGCCAAGCCCGACUGGACGGGUGACGACACGCUGUCACGUGUGGUCAACGCAGCCAUCAACUUCAAGCCGCUCUUCGCGCUCAUGAAGCUGGGCGCGCGGCAGACGAUGAAGAGCACCGCCGAGAAGGCGGGGGUGCCGUGGUCGGCAAACGUGCGGGAGCUGGAGCAGUCGGAGGUGUUCCAGAUUAAGGAGGAGAUCGAGGACAAGGGGCUGGCCUACCCAGACUACUACACCGUGCCCUUCCACGGUUACAACGAGGGCAACCUCAACUGGCUGGCGGCAUUCGAGGUGGAGCCCGCCAGCGACGUUAUGGCGCUGCGGGUGUGGAAGACGGAGCAGCUGACACCGCUGCAGGCCAUGACGCGGCUGCGCAAGGCCAUCUACACCGCGAUCCGCGCUUUCCAGGCGCGCCACGACCUGCGCGAGGUGCGCGACAUGAUCGACAUCGGCUGCUCCGUGGGCGUGUCCACGCGCUGGCUGGCGGCAGAGUGGCCGCAGGCUCAGCGGCAGCGCAUCCGAUACAUGCACGCCAACAUGGAAUCCACGGGGCUGCCAGACGCCUCCUUCGACCUGGUGGCGGUGCAGUUUGUGGCGCACGAGUGCCCGGGCCGCGCCAUUGAGGGCCUGGUGCGCGAAUGCCGGCGCCUGCUGCGCCCCGGCGGCACGCUGGCCCUGUGCGACAACAACCCGCGCAGCAAGGUCAUCCAGAACCUGCCGCCCGUGCUGUUCACGCUGAUGAAGAGCACCGAGCCACACAGCGACGAGUACUACCAGUACGACAUAGAGGGGUGCAUGCAGGCGCAGGGCCUGCAGGGGGUGGGCACGGUGGAGAGCGACCCGCGGCACCGCGUCAUCCUGGGCUACCUGCCGCGGGACCAGUGA